UGCCCAUCAAGCUACAUGUGCCCAGGGAAGAACCCCAGUCUGGCCGGAACAGCCAUAUUUCCUACGGAGCCGGCGGGAGCCACGCACGCCCGCUACGCACGCACGCUCGGCCAAUCAGCGCAUACGCUGGGACAGUGCCGCGAGGGCGGGGCCAUUACUACACAUGCGCACGGCCGCGCAGGCCUCUUUCCUUCCCUCUCGCCGCGCGCCGCCGACAUGGUGUUCAGGCGCUUCGUGGAGGUCGGCCGAGUGGCGUACGUCUCCUUUGGACCUCACGCCGGAAAGCUGGUCGCAAUAGUCGAUGUCAUCGAUCAGAACAGGGCACUGGUGGAUGGACCCUGCACUCGGGUGAGGCGGCAGGCCAUGCCUUUCAAGUGCAUGCAGCUCACCGACUUUAUUCUCAAGUUCCCACACAGUGCCCGCCAGAAGUAUGUCCGACAGGCCUGGGAGAAGGCGGACAUCAACACAAAAUGGGCAGCCACCAGAUGGGCCAAGAAGAUCGAAGCCCGAGAGAGAAAAGCCAAGAUGACAGAUUUUGAUCGUUACAAAGUCAUGAAAGCAAAGAAAAUGAGGAACAGGAUAAUCAAGAAUGAAGUGAAGAAGCUGCAGAGGGCUGCUAUCAUAAAGGCUUCUCCCAAGAAGGCGUCUGUUGCGAAGGCUGCAGUUGCGGCUGCUGCUGCUGCGGCUGCUGCUGCUGCUGCUAAAGCUAAGGCUCCAGCCAAGAAGCCAGCGGCUGCUGCUGCUGGCAAGAAGGCAUCAGGCCAGAAGGCAGCCGGGGAGGACAAAGCCAAGGCCAAGGUCUCUGCAGGGGAGAAGGCUGUGCCUCCCCCCAAGGCACAGAAAGGUCAGAAGGCUCCAGCCCAGAAGGCGCCAGCUCCCAAGGCAUCCGGCAAGAAAGCAUGAGGUCCUUAAAAGAGAAUAAAGGUUCUUUUUGACACAUUGGCAAA